UUUGCAAUUUCUUCACAAAACACAAGGCACUCAUCCAGAACUGAACACAAUGAUGGAGAGAGCUACACUGCUGGUGAUGUGCUGCCUGGUAAUGCCUGUAUCCAGUUCUCCGCUCUACCCAGCUCUCAGAUUUGGUCAGAGGGCCUCCUCUAUCCUGGUGAGCUCCUCCAUGGAAGAUCCCAGCCAGUUGCUGCCCACCGCAGACAUGAGCCAUCACCAUAGAAAAGACACUGAGCACCGAUCAGGAAGGCAUGCUGAUGCCAUAUUCACAAACAGCUACAGGAAAGUGCUGGGCCAAAUUUCAGCAAGGAAGUUCCUUCAGACUAUCAUGGGGAAGCGCCUGGGCAUGGAGGAGGCAGAGCAAUAUGUGAAACGUCAGUCAGACAUUUAUGAAGACCUCACCACUAUACAGAGAGAGGAGAGGUACAGAGGACAGCAGCUGGAUGUCCACAGGCCCAGGUAA